CUGCGAGUUGAGUGACGAGACGAGUGACGAGUGACUCACGGAUAAACAUGAUCCCAGCUCAUGACCUGCCCACCUUCCUGGCUAUUUUGGUAUUUAUUGGCUGUGCCAUCGCGGUACCAAUCAACCAAGGUGAAACAACCAUGACCCCUGCUCUGACAACGGGAGGUAACUCUGCAUCGUACCCUGUCGCCAACAUCCUGUCAUCUAUUCGCUCCGCCCUGGGUGCUGGUGCUGGUGAUGAUGCGGCCGAUCUAACAGACAUCGCCGAUGACCUCACGGAAGCUGACGUUGAUGAUCUUCUAGACGACGGCGACGAUGCUGCUGUUGAAAACAGACCACUAAAGGAUGAUGACAUGGCCGACGACCUUACCGACACAGACAUUGAUGAUCUUUUCGAUGAAGACGAUUAUGAUGAAGACGACGGUAGUAGGAUCGCCGUGACUGAUGAUGGUGUGGGGGAUGAUCUGAUUGACGCCGACGUUAUGGACUUCCUUGAUGAUGCAAAGAGCAGCGACGAUAAAUACUACGACGACCAAAGCGAACAAGAGGAUCACUUCGAUGAUAUCGGGGAAGAUCUGACGGAAACAGAUGUUGACGAUUUAUAUGAUGAUAAAGAUGAUGACGAUGAAGAUGAUGAUGACGAUGACGAUGAGGAUAGCAGCUUCUAUAGCAAGAUGAAGGAAGUACGUGACAAUAUCAGAGAAGGUCUAGCAGAUGCUAGCAGCAAUGAAGGUGGUGAUGGCAGGCCAAAUGAGGAGACCAAUAAGGACGAUUCAUCUAUUAAAGAUCUUGAUGACUUCAUUGGUGAUAUCGACAGCUUGUUGCUUGAUCUGGAAAGAAGCGAUGAAGGGGAGGAUGAAGAAUUUGAUGAUGAUUUUGUCAAAUUUAUGAAGGAUUUCAAGUCUCUAGCUGCUAACGGCAGUAUCAGAAAGACUACUGACAUGUCCGAUGAAGAUAUUGACGAAUUGUUUGACGACGUUGAUGAUGACAAGGAGGAAGGGGAGAAAAAUGGUAAUGAGCAAGCUAGUCUGAAGGAGAGGGUGGCCCAUAUGAAGGAAAGAAUAGCACGAAUGAAAGCUGGAAAUGGUGAUGAUGGUGAUAGUAAAGAAAAUGCUAGUCUCAAAGAAAAUUGGGUCGACAUGAAAGAAAGAAUAGCAGAAAUGAAUGCAGGCAACGAUGCUGAUGAUGAUAAUGAUAGUGAUGAUGAUGAUGAUGAUGAUGAUGAUGAUGAUGAUGAUGAUGAUGAUGAUAACAGUGAUGAAACACCUAAUCUCAAUGAACGGAUGGAAGAUAUAAGAGAAAGAAUAUUAGACAUAAAUGCUGCUGAUGGUCUCAACGAAAGGAUGGAAGAAAUGAAAGAAAGAAUAGGAGAAAUGAAUGCCCGUAAUGGUAACGAUGAUGACGAUGAUGACGAUGAUGACGAUGAUGGUGAUGAUGAUCGUGUUGGAGAACUGAGAGAAAGGUUACAUGAUUUGACCAGAAGCCGCAACGGUGAAGAUGACAAAACAAGUAUGGAAGAAUUGGUUGAGGGCAUUAACGAUAGAAUCGAAGAUGCACAUGAUGUUGAUGAUGCUGAUUCAUCCGAUGAUGAUGAUGACGAUGACGAUGAUAAGCCUACAUUAGCCGACAUCAUUGGUGACAUAAGAGACAGAAUUGAAGACCAAGUUAGCGGAGAGGUUGAAGGCGAUGAUAAUGAUGACCAUGAUGAUGAUGUUGAUGCUAAUGCCGACAAACCUACAUUCAAAAAUUAUGUCAAUGAAAUGAAAGAGAGAAUAGCAGAGCGGAUGGAUGAUACUGCGUCUGAUAGUGGUGAAGAUGAUGAUGAUUCCCGUGAACAGUCCGCUCUCAGUAACAGAAUGGAGUCGAUAAAGGAGAAGAUACAAAAACUAAGAAACAAAAGCGAUGAUGAUGAUGAUGAUGAUGACGAUAAUGAUGAUGAUGGCAUUCAGACGCCACAGCGGACCCGGCUGGAGAUGCUCAGACAGACGGUAAGGGCCUCCCGGGAACGGCUGGAUGAUCUGAAGGAUACUUUGCAGGACCUCGCUGUGGUUGAUGCUGACAAAGAUGAUGAUAAAGAUGACGACAGCGACUACGAUUCCUUCGACAGUAGUGACGAUGCCGACUAUGACACCGAUGACAGUAAAGAGGAUGCUGAGGUUUAUGGUGGAGACGACAGUCAGAGCCUCCGACUUAGGUUGAGGCAUCGGUUACGGUCUCAACGCAUCACCGAGAACAGCGCCGAUAGUGUUGGUGAUGAAGAUGAUGAUGAUGAUGAUGGCGGCAAAGAAACGUCUUCGGCGAUGCCUCUAUACGACGACGACAGUGAUGAUAAAGGUACCUGUCCCUCCUACCCGGUGAAGAUCCGGAAGAACGUCGUCACAGUCUCCACUGGAGAUGGAUGUGAAAUCGUCAUCAAGUUGUCUGGACAUAGCACCGGAAACGUCAUGAUACGGAAGCGGAACUGAAGAUCACGUCACAUGGGGAGUAGCGUCACCAAUCGCGUAUUUCCGGAAAGGGGCUAAUGGUUAAGAGUGCGAAUGGCCGGGGAGCGUUUUCAAGUUUGGAUGGUGGGGGUUGUGGACGUGGUUGGGUGCGGUUGAAGUAAAGGAUCAUUUAAACCCCGAAGUCGCCCGAAAAUAUCUAUUUCAAAUGCCAGAUGACAGUUCAAGACGAAGUUUGACAGAGGGAAGUCUCGACAACACAGGUCAAGGUCGUUGUUGGUGUACAUAGUAUUUCUGUGUGGCGAGUUACAUCCUCAUCCACAUUCAAGUAAACUUGCACAUCAUCAUGGCGUGAAGGAUUUGUAUUUCACUUUAUUGUCAGAAUAUAUAUUUUUACAAAUAUU